AUGACACCGGAUGUUCCCCGACAAGAUCAGCUUCUCAAUUUUCAAUUGGCUAAUGAUCAACGAAUCCUGAACCAGAUGGCAGAGAUCGUGCCAGUGUUUAUUUUUCCUGACGCCUCGCGCGAAGAGCUUCUAAAUGCCUGUGUUGCCCUCGGAAAUCUGAACAGACAGCUCAUGAACUUUGCUCAACACCGAGCAUUCGCUAUCGGGUACGAAGAAAUGCUCGAUAGAAUGAUGGCCCGUUUAGAGAGAACAAUUGCCGAGGCGGAUUAA